UCCGGCGGGUCCGGCCCGGGUCCGAGCGCCAUGGACGGGCUGCGGCGGGGCCUGUCGCGCUGGCGGCGCUACCACAUCAAGGUGCACCUGGCGGACGAGGCGCUGCUGCUGCCGCUGACCGUGCGGCCGCGGGACACGCUCAGCGACCUGCGCGCGCAGCUGGUGGGCCAGGGGGUCAGCUCGUGGGGUCGCGCCUUCUACUACAACGCGCGGCGGCUGGACGACCACCAGACGGUGCGCGACGCGCGCCUGCAGGACGGGGCGGUGCUGCUGCUGGUCAGCGACCCCAGCAGCCCUGGUCCCAGAAGGUGAGGGGUGACCCGAGGGCAGCGGAGAGAUGCUGGCUGGAAGGAGCCCCCUGGGGCGGAGGGGCGCUGCCC